AUGGGGGCAAGAACUACAGAAGAACCUUUCAUAGAGUUGAACAAGGUGGAUCGAAGGCAUGGAAAGAGGCCUCUCCCUUCUGAUCAUGCAUCAAGGGAGAAUAGGGAAGGUUUCAACUUCCCUAGCCAACAAGGGGAAGAAGCUUCUUCAUUCCCCUUUCUUCAACAACCAAUCAAUACUGCUGAUGAUGGCACCCCUUCCACACCAGUUCCACAAUAUGCCCAAAUACCCACUUCUACCUUGAUUGAGACACAGGACCCAUCUCAGCACCCUUUAAAUCAAGGGAGAAAAAGACACUAUCGUGGAGUUCGACAGAGACCAUGGGGGAAAUGGGCUGCCGAAAUCCGUGACCCUAAAAAGGCUGCUAGAGUGUGGCUUGGCACUUUUGACACGGCAGAGGCUGCAGCUGCUGCUUAUGAUGCUGCUGCUUUGAAGUUUAAAGGAUCCAAAGCAAAGCUCAAUUUCCCAGAACACGUUCUUCUUGCUUCAAUACCACCUUCACCUUCUACUCAAAACAUAAACAUUAACACCAAUAACAGUUAUGCUUCUUUUUCUUCACCUCUUACACCAACACCUUCACCACCAGUUUAUCAGCCACAACCCUUGUUAUCACCAUCACAGGAAGAAGCGUUUCCAAAUCUAAUGCAGUACGCACAGCUUCUUUGGAGUAGAGAUGAUGAUGAUCUACAACGUGUUGCUUCAGGCCUUCACCAUCAUCAUAAUCCCACUGAGUCUUUCCAUGGUUCCAGUUCUUCAACUAUGUUCUCUUUCUCGUCCACUUCUGUUGUGACCGAGUCUGAUCAACAGAUUGGAGGUGACGCCGGUGACUCCAAGGAGGGAGAGUAUUAUGGUUCUUGCUUUUCUAGAGGGACUGAUUUUCACGGCAAGAAUUGAACACAAUGUUAAGUGUAAGUACUAUGCUGUGUGUUGAAAACCUAGAUACCUUUUCUGUCUAGUGGUUUCAUAUUUCAAAUAAUGGUUUUUUCGCUUCAGGUAAACCCACAUUUUCACAUCACAAGUGUCAGUAAAAGAGUCGUAUAUAUGUUUCUUA